UGUUAGCCGGCACGGCCAGCAGAGACCAACGUGCUCGUCGAGGCAUCGAACCGCAUCGAACCCGAAGGAGAUUCCCCGCGGCGCGGCGAGCAGGAGCAGGGGGAAGCCACAGCCAGCCUCGCCUCCGCCAUGGGGAUCGGCUACGUGGUGGGCGUCCUCGGCGGCGCCAUCCUCGCCCACGCCGCCUACGCCACCAUCCAGUAUCGCACGGUGCUGAAGAUCACGGAGGAAGAGUUCACUCGGCCACCCAUGGAUGUGAUGAUUGAGUUGCUCCUGGGGUUGGCCUUGUGCAUGUGGGCAGGCCUUGCUGUUCCAGCAAAGUUUUGCUCGGUGCUUCCACAUUCUGAGGAGAAUAGGAUCGUCUCGCUCCCGGCUAACCUGGAUUUCAUGAUCUUCAACCACCGCGGGAGAGCGCUGCCGUCCGACCCAGACCUAAAGCUGAAGACAUAGACACACAUCUCUUCAGAUUUUGUUCUUUUACUUGCCUUGUAACCUUUGAUCAGGAGGAGGUUCCAGUUUUUGUGUGUCCAUUUGUUUAGGGGAAAAGAACCUUCCCAGACCAUAAUUAACUUAUCUACGAUGUAACUCUUAGAAUUCGUGGCACUGUGAUUCUACAAAUUUGUAUGGAGGUCACGUAAUUCAAGCUUCGGUUGCAGCCUGA